CUACGAGCUUUGUUUGAUCUGACCGGAGGGCUUAUGAUCUGCAACAGGGAGACGGUCUUUGAUAUGGUGGUCAUGAACUGGUGGUGUUAGCAUUCCUGCUUAUGUAAUGAUGUCGUCCUUGAAUGUAGGAGACGGAGUCAGGUGUGGAGAAUGAUGGUCAGCAAGGGGGAAGCAGUAAUCACAUCAUCAUUACCAAGACCAGGGUAGCUUAUGCCUCCAUUUAGUGGUGAUUGAUUGCUGUUGUUUGUUCUGGAAGAAGGGCAAGCACGGAAGAAGAAAUGGCAGCGGAAGGUGAUCGUUUUAAGGAGGAAGAAAUGGUGGUGGACGGUAAUUGUUCUGGCGAGAAGGAUGUGGAGGGUGGUGCAUCAACAGCAGAUUUGAAAGCAGGCGAUCGUGUGUCAGAUGUCGAUGAUGGGAAGCGAGACGUGGAGGACCAAGGUGCGCCAGUGUGUGGAAGUUGCCCUCCACCUGACGGUCAGCAUGGUUUGUCGUCUGCAACUCUGGCGGAGGGAGGUUCUGCAUCAAUUGGAUCUGACGGAGGAGAGGUAGGCGGCAAUGUCACUACGAGUACCAGUGGCGGUGAAGAUUACCCUCACUUGUCGGGUACAAAAGCCAGCUUGAAGAAAUCCUUGUUCUUUGAAGGCUCUGUCACGGAAGCGAUCGACCUAUCGAAACGAUUGAAUAAAAUGUUUGUGGUUUACAUUGCCCAGGCAGAGGAUGGCAUUAACGCUCUGAAGGGGAAGAAUGGGUGUGACGAUUCUUCCUUCCCGUUCGACUCUCCAAGAGCCAUUGCUGUUCUCUCGCGGAGCUGUUGCGUGCUGCAGCUGCUGCAGAAUAGUGUUGAUGCCAAACAAUUCUCUUCAAUCUAUCCCGUCCGUAUUUUCCCCACGGUCGCUGUGAUCGGUCUGCAGGGCACUUUGUUGGCCUGGAUUGAAGGAGAUAACGUGGUAGGUGACCAACUUGCCACGAAGCUCGAGGAAGCAGAAGCAACCUUUUCUUCGCAGGUCAAACGCCUGGCAGCAUCAGCUGCAGCCAUGGCUGCUGCUCUGUUGGCUGCAAGUGGUGGCUUAGGAGGGGUUCCUCCUCCUCCUCCUCAGGCUGGCGCACAGCCGCCAGAUCAGGAUGAACAACAUGCAUCACCAUCACCAUUGAACAAUAGUGACUUGCCUUCUCCACUGCCUCCCACGAUAGACAUAGCAUCUUCCGCGAGUGAAUCCACUAAUAUCACACCGACAUCAACCCAAUCAGAGUUGCCAGGAUUGCAACCAUUGGAGCCGAGUGAUGAAAGUGCCAGUCAAUCAGUGGCCAGUAGGCAUGUUGACUGUCUUUACCCUGCCGCCACACCUGUGUUAGCUUCCACAGAAGAGGCUAUUGGCACUGGGAGCAGUGAAACUGAAGCAGGCAUUGUAUCAAAGACAACUGAUGUGGCUGACAGACCGGAUAGAGCACCAGUUGAAUGGCAAAACGCCACGGUGGGAGAAGGUAGGGCACAAAUGGGAGAGGAAGGCGAAGCGCCGACUAGCUGUUUACCUCGUCCUCCCUCAGCCUCAGCUCAUCCAGUGAUGGAGGUGGAUGAGCUGACACCUUCAUGCUCUCACGGUCCUGACAGUGACCAACAUGUGAGUAGCGACAGCUUGCCAUCGUCAGCGUUGAAGAGUGUGAACGAUGAGGAGGAUGUUGCUGCAAGUGUUGUUCACGUAGCCUGUGGUGGACAGGAGACCUCUGCUAGCAAGUCGCCAGAAGAAGAGCGUUGCACGAGGAUGUCUGCAGCAGUUGAUCCAACUAAGAAUCAGGACAAUGAGGCCCCUGCCUCGUCUGACCCUUAUCGAUUGGCCUAUGUCCAUGAGGCUCCUGUGGCUCCUUCUCAGGUGCAUCUGGAAACACGAGGGACUUCAAAUGGCGGCAGCAGAAACUCGUUGGCAGCCUCUGCAUCUUCAGUGCUGAUUGAUACGUGGAAGAAUGUGCAAAUCCAGUUCCGAUUGACUGAUGGUAGCAGUCUGAAAGCAGAGUUUGGUGCAGAUGAUAAGCUGGUAAAGGCGUGGGAUUUUCUUGCCAAGGAGGGCGCAGAGAAAAGACAGUCGUUCGCAAUGAUGAUUCCUUUCCCAAGAAGGGUGCUUGGGCAAGAUGACAUGGAGAAGACAUUUAGGGAGUUGCAGCUUGUGCCACGUGCCACCAUCAUCUUGACGCCUAUUGCUGGGAAGGCGCCAUCGAGGCAGCAGGCUGUCCCUUCUAUGGCUGGUGGAGUUGCUAGAGUGGGAGAAAGAGAUGGCAGUGGUGAUGCAGGACCGUCAGGAGGAGCGCACGGAGAUGGCGGGAGCGCUUCUGCAGGGCUUUUAGGUACGGUGUUUUGGGGAGUGGGGAGGGGUGUAGGCACUGUAGGUAGAUUACUCUCCUAUUUCAACCCAUUCUCAUAUUUUUGGGGUGGUGCACAGGGAGCGGGUACUGAAGGAGGGAGGCAGCAAGAAGGGUGGGAGUAUCAACCGAACCCCACAUUAGAGAGUGUUAUCCGCAAUGCUGGUCGUCAGGGGGCCGCAGGAGGAGGCGAGGCCAGAAUUGGUGGGGCUGCCGCGGGGUUCUUACCUGGAGGAGCUGCAGCAGGUGGGCAACAUGGAGAUCUUGUCAAUCGCAGGCUGUCUGGUGGCGUGAGGAACGACAGUAUUGCGAGGGACAUGCCAGAUGCAAGAACUGACUCUUCGACAGGGGAAGGGGCAGGAGGAGCAGGCACUACCCAACGCAGAGGUGCAGGUUGGGGAGCAAAUGUUCAUGUCCUAAGGCAGUCUGAGGAUGACUUUCAUGGUGGCAAUGCCUAUUGGAAUGGCAACUCCACACAAUUUGGCGGUGAUGGAGAUGGCCGCGGAGGUAGUGGUGGCGCGUGAAAUGCUGUUGUGUCUUUUAUUUGUCCUCUUGUAGCUCAAGUAGUGAUCCAGAUGGUCUCAUCGAUGGGAGGCUGAAUCGGCAGUGCUCGUAUCGUGCUCCUGACGGGCAGGUUUUCUGCUGGGUGGUUGCAGCUUUGGUGAAGCCCUCUGCAGAGUGUUUUUUUUUUUUAAUUUUAUGUUUCUUGUACGUCUUGAAAAGGAUAUGGGGGGUAUGGUCAUCAUCUUCCAACCUCGUGGUUUUGUGCUCUGCAUGACCACUGUCAAUUGCGAAUGUUGGUCCUGUUAUCACCGAGGAUCCACGGUUUGGCGUUUCUUCUGCCCAAACAUUGCCAUAACCAAUUAAGGGAGAAAUAGCAUCUUGGCUGUUUGCGAAGUGACAGCACCAGUUGUCCAGCUGUGAAUAGUAAAAGGGAGGGGGCUAGCCUGCUGCAUCUUGAAGGACAGCAAGCAGGAUUAGAGGCCAUUCCUUACCAGUCAUGUGCCUGUGAUAUGAAAGUCGGCAAAUGAUAAGCUUGAUGGGCUGACAGGUUGCUCUCAUGUCUUGCAAUACCAAGUAGCUGCCUGCUGGUCUGUAUCUUGGCACUCUUCUCUGCAAUGUUAGGUAAAAGGUCAUUCUUCACUACCGGUAGUGAUGCUAAGGUGCAUAUCCUCUCUCUCUCUCUCUCUCUCUCUCUCUCUCUCUCUCUCUCUCUCUCUCUCUCUCUCUCUCUCUCUCUCUCACCCCGAAUAUCACCUCCUCAUGCCCCUCCCUUCUUCUUCGCUCACCCUAACUGGCUCAUUCUGGCUGUGUGUGAGCGCCUUCAGGAAUUAUACUGGCCACAUCAGAAAGCCAGAUGGACUGAGCAAGGAGCACCGGAGAGACAUACUUGCUUGUGGCAACAGCAAGGAUAGCCUUUUACCCCUCUCCCCCUCAAUUGCUCUCCUUGCAGGACAAGGAAGGAGUUAGGUGAGAGGAGUGGGGUAAAGGUAGGUUUCCUUCUCAGUCGGUUAGAUGGACUUGUAUGCUGAUGCUGGAAUAAUCUCAUGAAGUGGUAAAAGCGCUGUGUUGUCGAAUACUUGUGCUGGUUGCUGACUGAUGGGGGAGUCAGUAUGUGUCAUGCACAUCUGGUGGGUGAGGAACAUUUGAUAGCAGAUGCGAUUAUUUGUGUCGAAUACUUGUGUUGGUUGCUGUCUGGUGGCCGAGUCAGUAUCCUGUGUUUUGUAUUGGUUUGACUUUCGAGCCCAUCGCCAAAUCUUCUCCAUUGAUGCUUGUAGCAACACACUAUUAAUUAAUAUUGAUUGAAUGACUGGCUAUGUCAUAAUUCUAGCGACUGACUUGUUAACCAAAGUGAUCAAGCGAUCAACUUGUGGGUCAGCCACAAUGUGUAAUGAAACAGCAUAGUUGCU